AUGUCUGCUGUUAUUAACAAAGUCUCAGGUUUCGCUAACUCUUUAGUCACCAAAUCCACCCAAUUCGCCAACUCAGCUGUUUACUGGGGUAAAGUUGGUGCCGAAGUCGGUAAGGUUGUCUACAAACAAGAAGGUUUAGCUCCUCCAACUCAACAACAAUUUCAACAAGUUUACCAAAAUGCUUUGAAAUUCAUUCAAUCUCCUCAACAACAAAAAGAAUUCAUUGCCAAAGCUUCUCAAUUCCAACCAACCAGACAAUGUGCCGUUAAAGCUGGUGUUUACGGUGCCCAUUUAUUAGGUUUCUUUUCAGUUGGUGAAAUUAUCGGUAGAAGAAGUAUCUUUGGUUACCCAUCUGUUGGUCAUGCUGAACACCACUAG